UGUCAAAAGACUUUGAGUGUGAGAAAGACAGAGAGAAGACUUGGAACGUGGGCUCGUGGUAGGGGCAAGAAUCGUCGUCUCCAGUCUCAUCCGGGCCACGAACCGGACGGCAUAUUGCUCUCUGUCGCUCCGAAGAGCUUACACGUUUAUUUGUUGUCGUGAUUUUAUGUAUGGGGAUCAACAACUCGAAGAUUUGAGGAAUCGUUCGUCGAGUAUCGAUAAAGUCGUUAUUAAAUAUUUGAAUAUUUCACCAAAGUACGUCUGGACGGGGAUCUGGAUUCGAGAUUUAAUCAGACACGGGUGUGACGAUCGGUGUGACGUUCCGAGGAUUUUUAAAAACUCAAAUACUUUGUACUGUUUCACUGCGCACGUGUGUUUUUCUGGUGUUUGGAUAACUGGUUUGUGGCUGUUUCGAGAAACGUCGGGAAGAGGAUAUGGAUCAUGAAAUAUUUAUCGUGACAGGUCGCUGAUCAUACUUUGUGGAUAUUCAAAAUGAAGCAGGUGACAGAAAGAGGAAGGAGACUCUUGAAGAGGAGUGUAUUCCAGAAGUUUCCUUGAGAAUAUCAAGGCCUUAAAAAAUUGUUGGAUGACUCCAUACUCAGCAGCUUCUGAAAGUUUUAUAACGAUGGAGUAUUUGGUAGCUCGAUUGGAUGAAAUAUUGAAAAACACGGAAAUCGAGACUGAGACGGAGUCGAGCGACGUUUUGCUCUGUCCGAACAACAACAAUAAUAUUGCGAGCAUCAAAAAGAAUAUCAUCGUAAAUAACAAUAAUAAUAGCAUAAGCAGCGGCCACAGUGACCAGAGCAAUGAUGGAAUGGAAAUGGAUUGCGGGGGCUGCGGAGAGAGCAUACGCGAACGAACGGUUUUGUGCGUCGGUGGACGAAGUUGGCACUCGGGUUGUCUCAAAUGUUGUGCGUGCUCUCGACCACUUCACGACCAACAUUCGUGUUUCCUCAGGGGCAUGAGACUCUAUUGCAGGCACGACUAUGCUUUAACAUUCGGGGCAAAAUGUGCAAAAUGUGGCAGAAGCGUGGGCGCCGGUGACUGGGUGAGAAGAGCUCGAGAACGCGUUUAUCAUUUGGCUUGUUUCGCGUGCGACGCUUGUUCCCGGCAAUUAUCAACGGGCGAACAAUUUGCCCUUUUGGAUGCGAGAUUAUUGUGCAAAGCUCAUUAUCUCGAUGUCGUCGAAGGCAACAACACGUCCUCGUCCGAGGAUUGCGACUCCGAACACGGGGGAAAGGGAAGCAAAACGAAAAGAGUCAGGACGACGUUCACGGAAGAACAAUUGUCAGUUUUACAAGCGAACUUUCAACUUGACAGCAACCCUGAUGGACAAGAUCUCGAGAGGAUAGCACACGUCACUGGCCUCAGUAAACGCGUGACGCAAGUUUGGUUUCAAAACUCCCGAGCCAGGCAGAAGAAACACAGUGGAAAAAUCAAAACGCAGAUGCACCAUUCACCGCCUCUGCAGCACCAUCCGGGUGAGCAGUUGUAUCCUGGGGGUGUGAGCAUGGUUGGUUCGUAUUUGGGUGGUUAUCAGGGUGCGGGUAGUGCGGGCAGUGAGAGUCCUGGAAGUCCAAUGACGCCGUUGACGCCUCUAACGCCAAUGACUCCAACGACGCCAACGCACCACCUCCAGGCCCAGUUUUGUCAUCAAGGAACAUAAUUCAAGAGUGUCGGAAUUAUUUAAACGAGAAAAAAAAAGUUGCGGCGGGAGGAAAACCCGGUUGAAAGCUGUGCUUAUUGGAGACUAACGAUCGAAACCCUUGAAAAUGUCGUGAAUAAAAGUGUGCAAAAAUCGUUUACGUGCAUAAGCCCCAGAGCUUAUGCGAAGGAUAACGAAAAAACUCGAGUCGAAAAUUCGAGAAACGUGGAAAACGUAGAGGAGCUUGAAACUUUUUUCAUGAGGAUCAUCGGUCAUUUGUUCUUUUUUUGUUCCUCCAAUUAUUGUGUACAUAAUGCAAAUCCCCAGAGACCUGUUAUCAAAAAGAUUCGUGUGAGGACGAUGCGAGGCAGUUCUUCGUCAUGAUUCCACAAGUAUUAAAAAAAUAGUACUUACGAGUAAGUGCAGGAAAGGUAACCAGACGAAGUUGAACCGAGAGAGAUUGAAGCGUUGAGUGAAUUGUAAAUAUAGAUUAAUUCAAAGUAUCGUCGCGAACCUACCUUUAUUUAUUUUCAGGUACUUUAUUAUUUUAUUUGAUAAUGUUUAUCAAUACUGACGUCAAUGUGAUUGACAAUUAACGACACCCGGUGGUAUCGAAUGAAAAAAAGCGAAAUACGUGGAGAAAAUGAAUUGAAAAAUUUAAUUUAAUUUUUUCCUCCAGUGACAAAAAUUGAUACAACAAUUGCAAUGACGAAUUAUUGAAAUGAGUCUGUGAAUGUCAAUGGUUUAUACGAAAAUAAUGUUUUCCUUGUGAAUAUUGGCGACGAAUACCGUACUGUUAUUAUUAUAAAUAAAACAAAACGAUCUUUUACUGUUAA